AUGACCGAGACCCCUGCGCCUGCGAUGCGGGACCUGCCGGAGUCGUGGAACUUGAUGAAAGCGAUCCACCAUCUACAGGACCACCCACGGCAAUCCUCUCCAGGGUUCAGCCAGGCGAUCGUGGAGAACUGGAGCUUGGGUUACAGCUUCGUGUGGUCAGGUGACGGCGACUUCAUUGGCAUCGUUAACGAGCCGAUCAGCAUGGAAGUCGACCAGGAGGCUUGCCCGAGCCCAGACGGUGAGCAGAAACAGAGCAGCGGCGAAGGUACGCGGGCUCCGCAGGGCAGCCCACCCAUGACGCCCGCGCGAAAACGGCGGCGGACGGCGCGAUCCGCGGCCAACGGCAUGUCGAGGGAGCUCUAUGGUUCCCAGCAGGCGCCGAUCCACGAAUGCCUGGCACCAGACAACCCCAGCGUCGCUAAUGCUGUGGAGCUCCUCCGGCUGCUGCAGGCUCACUACCAUGAGCCUGAGUCGCUGCCAUGGACAUCCACGAAGCUCGACAAGAAACUCCAGGUGCAGCUGGAAGAUGCACUCAGUGUCGUCACUGCGACUUUGCCGCCCUGGACGACGACCCUGCCCCGACUUUGUCCCUUCUUGCUCAGCUUGGACGCGCGAAAGAAGUUGCUGAAGUACACAGCCUUCGGCCCUUCUUUUGCUAUCCACUGGGUGCAGGAGCACAAGGUGGGCUCGCUCAUGCAGCGAAGGGCCACGGUGCAGACAGAACUCAACUCACAAGCGGAUCCCAGAAAGAUCCAGGAGUUGUCACAAGAACUCUCGAAUUUGGAAGAGCAUGUCGUGAGGUCCAGUAAUUGGCUGGGCACGUUGCAAAGCACACUUGUGAAGGUCAGCAAAGGUGACCUACUACUCAGGCAAGCCGAGGUCGCCAUGGACCUGCUUUCAGGCUCCGGCCACAUGCUUGAGGUGCAAUUCGAUGGAGAGACCGGUUUUGGCAGCGCGGUCACACAGUCUUUCUACGUCGAGGUAAGCAUGGCCUUGCAAGAUCGAGAAAUGAAUCGCCAGCUUCCUCUCUGGGUGGAGGAUGACGGCUCGUCAUGCACGCCUUAUCUCCUUAGCCGUCGCGGACUCCUCAUCCGACCGCUGCCCGAGGGUGCGGUCAGGGACGCAGCCUGCCAGAGGUUCCGCUUCUUAGGGCGCUUGAUGGGCCAUGCCCUGCGGGACGGCUUCAUUGCGCCGUUGCCUUUGACAGAGGAGUUCUUCUCCUUGGUCCUUGGCCACAGCCUAGGCCGGAAACAUCUCCCGCGCCCGGGCGCUGGUGUGGCCGGCGAACUCCUAGGUGCUCUGGCGAAAUUUGCCGAGCACAUUUCGCACGGACAGAAGGAAGGAAGAGGAGAUGCCUGGUGCCACGAAGAGGCCGCGAGACCAGACUUUACGAGUCGGUUCUUGGCUUCCGAUGCAGGCAGUGCUGGCAUCGACAGCAAAGUGGAAGAGACGGAAUCGCUUGGCCAGCAGCUGUCACUAGAUGACUACUUGAAAUUGCUGGGCGUUAGCUUCCUCGAAACAGGGCUGAGUGGCGCAUCCUUGCGCCCCGGCGGCGAGAACAUUCCGGUCACACUGGAUAAUCUCGACGACUUCCUGGACCAGGUCACAGCCUUUUGGUUCGACACCGGAAUCCGGGCACAGGUGGAUGCAUUCAGAGCAGGCCUCAACGAGAUUUUGCCUGUUCAAUGCCUAGCAGCUUUUAGACCAGCAGAACUCAGACAGAUGUUCUGCGGGGAGGACCGCGUCGAGUGGGAUGAGAGGGCUUUGCUAAAGCAUCUCCGUCCUGCCGGUGGUCUCUCAGGCGGCUCGCAGCUUUUCACUCACCUCGUUUCUGUCCUGCUCGAGAUGGACCAGGCCAACCGAGCUCGAUUUUUAGAUUUUGUCUCGUCUUGUCCGAGGCUUCCCCCAGGUGGAAUUGCAAACUUUCACCUGGACGUCUUCCCAGAUCCGCAAACUGGUUCCAGGAAGGGGUUCCCCCGUUCGCGGGCCUGCGCAAAUCAAUUGUACUUGCCGCCCUACUCCUCGAAAGAGGAAUUGCGGGAAAGGUUGUUCGAGGCCAUGCAUUGUUCCGUGGGCCACCAUGAGCAGAAGAUGCGAGACGCCUGA